AUGCAGUCAAGCCAUGCUGACGUCGAACAUGGCAUCCGACAGCCCAGCAAAAGAAGGCGUCUGGUAGAGACGCAUAACAAGCCUGUCUAUGGAAACUUUCAGAGAUACUAUCACAUUCGCAAUCCCGCCGACUUGGACUCGAAAGACGGACCAUCGAGCUCGAUACAUCCUGCACUGGCAAUAGACAGCCGAGUCACUGCGAUUCUGCAGUUCCUUCGGCGUCAUUACGAGCACGGCGACCCGCCUCAAGAGCGCCUCAAAGUGCUCGACCUAGGGUGCAAUUCUGGUAAACUUACUAUCGAACUCGCCCAGACUCUGCCCAGACUUCUCCGCGAAUGCAGUUCGCAAUCACCACGAGGAAGAGGGUGUGUGAAUGCGGCUCCAGUACAGGUCCAGAUCCUCGGUGUCGAUAUCGAUGCUUCUCUGGUCAAGCAAGCUAGGACAGCGGCUGCCGUUGCACGGUCUCAACAUCGACCCGAACAAGGUGAAUCAGUGCAGGAGAAAAGAGACGAACUCGUUGAUUCGCACGACUCUCUCCCCCCUGACUGCGUCCACUUCCCAUCGGUGUUUCCUUCGCUUUACGGCUGCAUCCCUAGCUUCGCAGAGGGUGAAGUGCAGUCUCGCCAUGCAAUGCGGCGUCAAGAAGGGACGCACAGCGGAAGCAUCGCCAGGUCGUCCGAGGAUGUGCUUACACGGGAUGAUGCACAGAGAUGCCCCAAGGACGACGAUCAGCUGUGUCCGCCGAAUCUGCACUUUGUCGCGCUGGAUUGGGCGGAUCCAGAGGCUAGACAUGAAACCCUGAAUCGCGGUGUGGUCGACACGAAAACCCUAGGAGAAAUGGAGAAAGGCGGGCUCGACAUGAUGCUCGCUCUCUCCAUCACCAAAUGGAUCCACAUCCAAAAGGGCGACCCAGGUCUCAUGCUCUUCUUUGCUCGCAUCGCCGAUACUCUCAAGCCGGGAGGAUUGCUUUUUCUCGAACCGCAGGAGUGGAUCAGCUACCACUCGGCCAAGACCCUGGAUCACACAAUCAGAGGCAAGAUCAAGAGGCUCCAGUUGAGACCCGGGGGCGACUUUGAAUGGUGGCUCUCUACUUUUGGGCUGCAAUUUGAAAUCGAGAUAGGGCAGGGGAAAGGAUUUGGAUUCUCUCGAUCGCUUCAAAUGUUUCGCAAAGCAUCGGUGGAAACAGAUGAGGUGUUGGAGGCGAGCUGUUUGGUGGAGAAGCUGUUGAAGGACAGCGAGCGAUCUGGAGAGCCGAAAAGGCCGAUCGAGCUGAUCCCGUGGGUCGCGAGAUGUGCUUCGUCUUCUCGCGUUGGAGCGAGCGCGUUGUCGACCUCAAUGUGA